AUGGAGUAUCGUUCUUUGGAUAUCAACGUUACAUGUUUGGAAGGAUUCCAAGUCAAAAACUUGUUCUUCAAAAGGCAGAAAAUCUAUGCCACGGUCUCAAUUGUGGGAAGUUCACGUACAACCCAGAAAACUCCGGUGGGAAAAUUUGCUGGAAGUUUUCAAAGAUGGGAUUAUCCAAUGAGGUUUUACAUAGAAGAAUCAAUGCUGCAAGAAAACUGUUUGAUGCUCAUGAUUCGGCUCCGAAGCAUCCGAACACUUUGCAGGGAUAAAGAUGUUGGAGAAGUUUAUGUUCCAAUUAAACAACUUUUCCUGCACAAUGAUCAUAAUUCAUAUUUUGGUUAUCAGGUUCACACACCCUCUGGAAAGCCAAAAGGUCGUUUGCAUUUUUCGUAUAAGUUUAGUGAUACGAAAAGAUCAUCAUCAUUAUCAACAUCAAAAGCUGUGAUUGAGAAUGUUAAUCUGACAAGUCCUCCUCCUAGUUCUGAGAUGAAUGGGCUUUGGAAUCUUGUCCGAUAA